AAAAAGUUCCUAUAAAUGGAUUGGAACGAACAACAAGAAGAAUUAGGAAGAAAACAAAUAUCUGGGAUCUGCCAAUCCUUCUAAAACCACAGAGAGAUUAUUCUCUCAGACAAUCCAAUCAAAUUCAGCCUAGCUACGGACUUAGAAGGACAUUGUUUGGUCCUCUUGUGAACCGAGUUUUUAAUGGAAGGGAAGCCUGAUUCAAUUGCGGAGGGAGUUAAAAAGGUCGAGGAAACUGUUUUUGUCAAGAUCAAGAGCAAAGAGAAAGAGCUCAUGGAAGACGAGAAAGAAAAAAAGAGUGAAAUGGAGCUUGAAGUGAAGAGUAAAUCUGUUGAGAAAGUGAAGCCAAAACACAAGGAAGACGCGGAAAAUGAAGACAAAGAGGGAGAUGAAGGAAAAACGAAGGCUGAAAAGAAGGGAGAUGAAGGGAAAACGAAGAAAGAAAAGAAAAAUGAAGACGAAGAAGAAGAGGUAAUGGAUAAAAAGAAAGACAAGGGGAAGAAGAAGAAUGAAGAGGAUGAUGGAAUUGAAAAAGAAGCUAAGAAGGAAAAGAAAGACAAAGAUGAUUUCUCGAAGAAGGUUGAAUUUGUCGACAAAGAACCGAAAGAAUGUGAAGAUAAAAAGAAAGAAAAGAAGAAGAAAGACAAGGAUGGCCAAGAAAAGAAGGCUAAAGACAAGGAUGUGAAAUCAAAGAAAGAAGAGAAGGAUGAAGUCGCUGUUGAAAAAGUAGACAAGAGUGUAGUUGAGGAAGGGAAGGAGACAAACGGAGAUGAUAAAAAUGUAAACGAGCAGAAGGACGAGAAGAAAGAUGAGAAGGAUAACAACAAGAAAAAGGAGAAGGAAGGGAAGAAGGAGAAGAACAAAGAUGAGAAAGAUAACAAGAAAGAGAAAGAGAAAGAUGAAGAACAGAAUAAGGAAGAGAAGAAGGGCAAAAGUAAAGAUGACAAGAAUAAGAGAAAGGAUGAACCAAAGGAAGAAAUCAAGGAAAAGAAGAACAAGAAUGAACCAAAGGAAGAAAUCAAGGAAAAGAAGAACAAGGAUGAACACAAAGAGAAGAAGAAAAAGAACAAGGAGGAUGAAGAAAAUAAGAGCGCGGUUAACACGAGCUCAAGAGAGAUCGAAGUAGAAAAAAAUCAUUCCAAAGAUGUCGAAGAUGGAAAAAAGGAUUCCAAAUAUGAGAAGGGAAAGGAUAAAAAACCGGCAAAGGAGAAGAAGAAAGACAAAGACAAGGAAGAGAAGAAGAAGAAGAAAUCUGAGGGAAAUGACAAGACCAAUGACCUUGUGAAACUUAAGCAGAAGCUUGAGAAGAUGGAUGCCAAAAUAUCAGCCCUCCAAGAGAAAAAAGAAGACAUCAUGAGGAUCAUCAAAGAAGCUGAACAAGCUAGUGAUGCCGCUGACAAGCAAAAAGACACACCAGUUGUCGCUGAAAGUACUGAACCCACUGAGGUGGUUGUUGAUGCAACUUAACAAUGUAACUUAUUUAAGGUAGUUCUUCUCAUUUUCCACCCUUCAGUUUUUUUUUUUUAAAUUGUGUAUAGGUAUUGUAGGUCUGUGUUGUAGAAGUUUGUAGGUUUCACAUAUAUGGAUGAACUAUCUCAAUGUAAUAUUUUCAUCUGAAUAAAUGGAACCUUAUUGGAGGUUUAAUGG